AUGAGAGAGGUCCCCAGAACCACUUAUUCCAAGAGCCACUUGUCUAUAGGAUUUGGGUUCAGUUCUAUUGCUAAUGAUUACAAGAUAGUUAAGUUCUCUGUUUCUGGGUCUUAUUUUUAUGAGAGUAGGGGUUCGUAUAGGGCCUACAAGAAGGGCGUGAAUGGAGUGUUAGUGUAUUCAUUACACACAGGGUUGUGGAAAGAUGUGGAAUUUGGGAACAUAAAGGAUCUAUAUAUUUAUUCUGAAACAGCCACUGAUAAUAAUAAUGGAACCAUUAUUUGGCUUGCUCAAAAUUUGAAUGAUGAGAGUGGCAUAAUGGUCUCAUUUGACAUAGAAAUGGAGGUGUUUACAUUAAUACCAAGGCCUGCUUUAUACACUAGCUCAAUUUGUAUUCCUACUUUUCAUGAGAACAAACCAGCUAUUCUUUCUUACAGUGUGAUAGGAAACUCUCAAUCUGGUUUCAUUCAUUUGUGGGUGGUUGAGGAGAAUAGAUGUGCAUUUGGAGGGGGGAUAUGGACUUGGACUAAAAAAUAUAGCAGCAGCCCAAAUCUCUAUCCAUACUAUUUAAUUCCGCUGAACACUUGGAGGAAUGAAAUUGUUUGCACAGUUAGUCUUCAGAGUGAAUUCGUUCGGAGAACUGAAAAAUAUGGUGAAGCCUUGAAGGAUCGAGGAAGAACUUUAUAUUUGUUGACUCUCGCCACUAAUGAAAUUAAGAAGUUUGUUAUGAUAAAUAAUAAUGGUGGCUUUGGAAUCUUAAAUUAUGUGGAAAGCAUUGUACCAGUAGGUACCUAA